UGUUAAUUGAAAAAUCUACCCCUGUUUCCUUUGGGUAUUACAAAGAAAGACUUGAAAGCAGAAAACUUGUUUAUCCAAAAUCUACAGCCUACACCAGGGGGAAUGAUGACUCCGUCACAGUACAAGCUCACAACUUCUCCCUCCUAUUUACCAUUUUGCCACCACACUCGAGUCUUUCCUCUUCCUUCUCACCUCACAUCUCUCAAAAACCCGAAUCUUGUUUCUGGUUUACGAGAAAAACCCAGACUUGCACCUUCCCUUGGGUGCUUCGCAUCAUCUUCUCCAAUGGCUACUCCGACACAGAGCAGCGAAACCAAACCGUUCUCUGUCCUUUUCGUCUGUCUGGGUAACAUUUGUCGGAGCCCAGCAGCUGAAGGCGUCUUCAGAGAUAUUGUCAAGAAGAGAGGCCUCGACUCCAAAUUCAUCAUCGAUUCCGCCGGAACCAUUGAUUAUCACGAGGGGAAUAUGGCAGAUCCAAGGAUGAGAAGUGCUGCGAAACGUCGUGGAGUUGAGAUAACAUCAUUAUCUAGACCAAUAAAUGCAUCUGAUUUCAGGGACUUUGAUCUCAUUCUUGCCAUGGAUGAGCAAAACCAAGAGGACAUAUUGAACGCUUACAAUGUGUGGAAAGCCAGAGGGAAUUUCCCACCUGAUGCUGAUAAAAAGGUGAAGCUCAUGUGUUCCUUUUGCAAGAAACACAAUGACAAGGUAGUGCCAGACCCGUAUUAUGGUGGAGCUCAAGGUUUUGAGAAGGUAUUAGACUUACUUGAAGAUGCAUGCGAGUCGUUGCUGGACAGUGUCACGGCCGAACAUUGACAUUGCUAAGCUUAAAGUCCUGACUAUGUGUCUGAUCAAAUGGCUUUGCACAUAAUAUUAUAACUUCUGUUUUACAUUUAUAAGACAUCUUCAAUGAUGUCAAACAGUCGUGAGACAUGGUGUGAAGCUUAAAUCUUGUUGAUGUUUACUUCAAGAAAACCUUGUUAAGCUUAAAGGUGAUAACCACUCUCAUUUUUAAGCUAUCAUACCCGAUCAAAAUUAUGUUAUUCAGGAUUCUUCAAAUAACUGUACAUUAGCAAUUUAGCAG